AGUGACCUUUAAAAAAAAAAAAAAAACAUAAUUAUUCCAAACUUUUGACCCAAUGUAAACACUUAUCUCAUCCAUUUUUUGAGUGUAAAAACUAAUAUUUUUUUGUAAGUGCUAAAUCGCAAAAUAAGCAUGAAAGAACCACCUGGAAACCUCUGAUCUCUGGUCGUUGUGCACAGAUGAGAAAAAACCUGUAACUUCCUGCCUGAGUUCCUGUGGUUUCUGGAGUCUGUGUGAUGUUCUGUAGGCUGGCUGUGCCCUCCACUGGCUGAGCCGUCUUACUGAUCCCACCGCUGCCUGUUGGGCCAAAAGGAUGAUGGGACAUGCCAUAAAUUAAAACUUUUUUUAUCUUUUUUAUCUUUAGUCAUCAUCAGUCAACAGUCAAUAUACAGUAGAUAUUCAUCAGUAUUUCUGCAUUUUGAUGCUUGAAGACACUGCAGAUCUGAUCUGAAUAUGAAUUAUGAAUCAAAAAUAUCACAGUGCUCACCUGGGUUUUCAUUCUUUCAUUCUUCAGAGGGAGUAGUUUGAAUGGCAUGGGCUGGGGUUAGACGUCAAGUCCUGCCCCUUAACAAGAUGGGGGGCUGGAAGGGUAUAAAAUGUAUUUUGGUGCCCAGUCAAGCAUAAGGAAGUCAAAAGCACGUUUGCUGGUUGCUUUAUGUCUGCUGCACAGUUUCCCACAUAGACCUGUGCUAAAGAUGCUGUCACGAAAUCUUGUAAUUGCUUCAGUGGCUGUUGUGUUUCUGGCGUCCACCGUAUCAACGGCUCCUGUUGAAGAUAAGGAGCCCGAGGAAAAUGACUUUGAGGCUGAAGAGGGUGAAGAAGAACUGUCUGAGGAGGAAGAGGAUGAUGAUGACUCCAAAAGUCAGCAUAUGAAGGGAGCCGGAUCGCAGCAGGCCACUGCAGCACCCAAAGGCUUGGGUAUGACUCCUGGCAGCGGCGUCGCGGGCGAAUCCCCAAACGGUCAGAAACUUAAUGGUGGCACUCAAACUGGCCAAGUCUCAUCAAGCAGCACAUCAACAGCUUCAGAUGGAGCAAAUGGAAAUAACGGUCGAGAUGGUUACUCUCGCCCAUCUGGAUCAAGUUCUCAUGGUGCAAGUUACGAUGGACAAGAUGGGUCCAAAUCAGAGAUAGUUCCUUCAGGUGUAGGAGCUGGAGGAGCGGGUGCUAAUGGAGGUUCAGGAUCAAAAGUCCCUGGCACAGAUGGGGGCGUCCAUUCAGUGUCCAUAUCUGUUGUGUCAUCAGGUCAAGCGCCAUCAGGCCACAUAGCAGCAGAUCAUGGGUCAACAAUGUCAUCCAGCCACACGUUUGGCCACCCUUCAGCAGGGCAGACGUCAGGUGAUGUGGCAGUCGUUUCCUCCGAGGUCCAAUCACAGCCUGCAGGGUCAGAGGGAUUUGCUACACAAUAUGAAAAUGGGGAAAUGGCUCAUGAAGGAUCUCAAAUCGAGUCUCCAGAAAUCCCAGAGAUAGAAUCUAACGGUAAUGGGCACAAACAGCUACUGAAUGGAGGAGAAACAGGAUUCACAGGUUUGGAUCAUUUCACGGCAGACACAUCUCAGAUACAAGGAACAGGUGGUUUUGAUUCAUUUGGCACAAGCCCCCACCUGGAAAUUACAGGCAUAAUAGACCAAUCAAGCCACGACUUCCUUGUCGGCUUAAUGGGUGGAAUAGGAGAGAGCUUUGGUCCAGACACCCAAACAGACGGUCUAGGUACGCUUUUAGACCUCUUAGACACUCCUCCAGACGUUCCGCCCACAUGCCUAGUAACUGACGCUGUCUCAACAGAUCACAUGGGACUCGCAUUUCAGGUGGAUUCGGCAGCCGCUGGCCUGAGUCCAGGGCACCCGUCCAGUGGCGGCCCGGUUCUAGACGCUCCUCCAGACUCUCUGGGACCAGAUUAUGUAUCUGCUGACAAUGGGAAUGGUGAUUAUACGCACUCAAUCAGCACAUCUGAUAAUGGAGCACAAUCAAAAUCACCGGCUGAUACAACAGAUUCAUCUUUAGUCUUUGACACGAUGUCACAUCCGGGUCAUUCCUUCAUAGACUAUUCAGAAGGUGGGGCAGAUAAUGGUGCAGAUUCACCUGAUACGAACGGAAACGGAAACGGUCGGCACAAACCUGUGGUAGACAUACAAAAAGGUGACCCUCCAGCCAUUCAUCUCGACAUCAGCGGAACAGGCCAUCAGGACGCUGCGACGGAGAUGCAUCACACAGCUGGAGACCCGCAUGCCGUCAGCUCACAUCCAGAUGCAGUUGGCGCGCUUGAUCUAGUUGAUCACACCCUCAGCCCUUACGCUGACACGACUGGACGUGAUGGUGUCACCGGUGUCACAGACAUGGCAGGUGUGGCCGGUGAUCCGGUGACUGAAGGACAGGUUCAAACAGACAUGACAGGUAACCACGUUUCCUCAGCACAUCGAGACACAUGUCAGUCUAUCACUCUGGGCAGGGUUUCAUGUGUAGUGUGUGUUUCUGAAAAGCAGAUUCUGUUCAUGCGACUGGGACUGGAUUCACAGAUGCCUCAGAGACACAUAGUAGCAUGGUUCAGACAGACUUACCAGUCACAGGGGAUCCAUUCACAGGGGUUUCCUCACAGACAGACGCCAUGGGCACAGGCCAACCUGGUGCUACGGAACAGACACAGCCAGCUGUAUCAGCAGGUGAACAGUACCACACAUCUGGUCAGGGUCCUGAAGAAAAUGUGGAACUGGAAGAUACCUGCUGACUUCCACAUGAAGCCGCGAGUGAGGUUUCUGCGCUACAGAUUUCAGUGUACGGACCAGUACGCCUGGCAGAGGAACCGUGAACCCGCCCGCUAGACUUUAGGUCUCCUUUGUGUGUGUGUCCGUUUGUUUUAUUUUUUGACUAUUUAAACAUUCAGAGGAUUCUGUAACUUAACUUUUUAUUGUGCCUGUUUAUAAAAGUGCCCUGUAAGUAUUUUAUUCAUUGGUGUGCCGAAACAAAAAUCAAACUUUGAAUGAGAAAAGUCACGAUUUGAAACGUAAACGCGCUGUGUAAAUUCAAUGGUUGUUUUCCCCCCUAUAAUGUCGCUACUGUAUUUUCUUGCCUAGAUGUUCUAGCAAUAUUCUUUACAAAUGUCACAAAUUGUAUAUUGCUGAAUGUAUGUCAUUUGAAGAUAAUCUUUACAUUAAAUUGAACAUCUAUUUUGAACAUCAAA